ACCAUAUCAUCGUGUGCCCUCUGGGUGUUGUCUUCUAUAUCUGCAGUCUCUCGUUAACCCCUCCCAUCUUCAAGCAGACAUCUAUUCUAUCGGUGUCUUGUCACGCUCUCCCGACUACAGAUACGAUCGCUUACUCCCUUUUGGGCUCAUAUCGCGUUCGAAACCCGACCUCCUGAAUCGUUCCAUCCACGUCUCGUCUGACAGUCAACUCUCACCCCUCCGUCCGUUUGGCGCUGGAAGCCUCUGAGAGAUUCCCGACUACGAUUUAGUACUCCCAUCCAACCACCUUCAUCAUGCGAGCCGCUCGACUCUCGUUCUUCCUUUAUACCCUGUCCCUCGUGGCUGUCGUCGCUGGUCAGAGCGCCGCGGUCACGAGUGCAGGAAACGCUGUCACCUCUGCCGCUGCUGCUGCCACCACAGAUGCUGCUCCUACAACAUCUGCCGAGUCGACCUCGUCCACCGAGUCGACCUCGUCCAGCAAAGAAACUACUUCGUCCACCACCAGUCAGCCCGAGCCUACGACAACAUCGAGCUCGGAGACUACUAGCACCACGGAGCCAGCAGCCAAGACAACGAAACAGCCCGAUACGACUGCACCGCAGACUACCGAUGCUGCCACUACCACCUCUUCGAACAACAACAACAACAAUAACAAUAACAACAACAACAGCAGCACCAAAGAUAGCCCCAAUACGACUGCGGAGACCACGGUUCAGACCACUGCUACCCCCGUCGUGAAGACUGUCAUCACCACCCAGACCAUCAGCGGAACCCCUGUGCAGACCACCCUCACCACCACCUCCACGCCGGCUAGCAGUGCGACCGACUCCCCCAGCCUCAGCGGAGCUUCCUCCAACAGCUCAAGCGGCAGCUCCGGCCUCUCGUCCUCUCAGAAGAAGAUCAUCAUUGGUGUUGUUGUGGGUGUCGGUGGUGCCAUCAUUAUUGGAGCCAUCGCGGUGGUGGCCUGGAGAAUUCACGCUCGCAAGGCUGCCCAUGACAACGACGAAGCUGCCGAUCUCAUGAGCGGUACUGCCGUUGGAUCGGGCGCUCGAGAGAAGGCACCUAGCCCAGGUGCCGGCGGAACGCCCUUCAAGACCACGCUCGACCAGUAUCACAACCCCGGUCCAGUAAACGCGGCCUCGAACUUUUAAGUUUGGCCGGAUAUUCGGUCUCUGUAUCUGCUUUUAGCAAUAAAGAUACAUUGUCCGGGUAACCCGUCCGGAACUGUAAAGUUUGUACGAUUAUCACGCAGUUUUCAUGGCGCUUGUGGGCGAGGAAUUCCUCGAACUGAUGUUUUA